AUGCAAGAGCGCUGGGAUGCCCAGUGGCAGGACUUCCUGAAGACACUGCAGCCCGCUCACGCAGAAGGGGGGAAACCAAUGACGUCAGAGGCUGCCCCUUGGGACGACACCAAGGCCUUCCUGGCCUCCUUUGAGCAAGUGGCCAAGGCAUACCGGUGGCCGAGAGGAGAGUGGGCGGCCCGGCUCCUGCCAGCACUGAGCGAGGAAGCAGAAGAGGCCUUUCGGAGCCUGGAUAGGAGAGAUCAGGAGGACUAUGGGAAGGUGAAGGCGGCCAUCUUGCGAGGGGAAGCCCUGAGGAUGGAGGCGCAGCGCCAGCACUUCAGGCAAUUCUGGUGCCAGGAGGUCAGAGACCCCCGAAGGAUUCACAGCCAAGUCCAGGAGCUUUGCCGGCAGUGGCUGAAGCCGGAGAGACACAGCAAGGAGCAGAUCCUGGAGCUGCUGAUCCUGGAGCAGUUCCUGGCCAGCCUGCCAGUGGACCUCCAGGGCUGGAUCCAGGCAGGAGGGCUGGACACCUGCUCCCAGGCCCUGGCCCUGGCCGAGGACUUCCUCAUGAGCCAGCAAGGGACCGAGACAGGACAGUGGCAGCAGGAACCUCUGGGUCUCAUGGAAACUAGCCUGACUUCACAGAUAAUCAAACAGAGUUUGACACAGCCAGGUCAACGAACCGUAGUUUGGGAAAUCUUGCAGGAAGAUGGAGGGAAUGAAGAUUCUUUGGGUAAGGCGUUCUUCUGCUCACGUCCUGUAAAUCCAGUGUAA